AUGGAAGUUCCCUCAUCAAUCAAUUCAAAUCCAAUAAGCGUCGCGGAAGUGGCGGUCCAUGGUGCUGUCCGCGUCGGAUUAGAGGUUCCUGGACCCUGUGACUACGUGUUCGUGUGGGACGAGGACCUUGGUGUCGACAACUUCGCCGGAACCACUGAUUGGGAAGGCGGAUACUCCCCUCUCACCCUUCAUUUCAGUGAGGAUUACCCCAGCAAGCCUCCCAAGUGCAAGUUCCCUACGAAUUUCUUCCACCCAAAUGUCUAUCCUUCAGGAACAGUCUGCCUUUCAAUCCUCAAUGAGGACAGCGUAUGUUAA